AUGCCGAUUAACUUGUUUUCCCAGUUAAGCUUGACCUGGUUGAGCUGGAGAACACUGUCUUACUUGUACCUCAUUAAAAGAGUUACUGGAACCUUAACCCAGGCUCUUUUGUUUUCACUCAUUGCUCAGUCGUACUUAUAUGGUGCCAACACGGGUGCUGAUGCUGCCGAGUGCCGAACCGUGUCCAUGUACCCGUCUUAUGCUCGAAUACGGUCUUUUGACGAGUCCCAUACGAAGUUUGCGUCCAAGUACUCGUUGUGGUUGUAUAGAGAGCUGGGCAAGGAUACGGUGCCCAAGAAGGAGGGCGAAGGGUUCCAGGCGCUAGAUGGUAUACCGAUCUUGUUUAUUCCAGGGAACGCUGGGUCCUACCGCCAGGUGAGAUCCAUAGCUGCUGAAACGUCUGUGUUGUGGUUUGAUCCAAAUAUACAUGUGGUAGAUAAUCCAAAACAGAAGAAUUACGAUUUUUUUGCUGCUGACUUUAACGAGGACUUUCUGGCCUUCCAUGGCCGUACCAUUCUAGACCAGGCAGAGUACUUGAACGAUGCCGUGGGGUUCAUUCUACUGCUUUACGCUCAUACAGAGAACCCGCCCACUUCGUUGAUUUUGAUGGGCCACUCGAUGGGUGGAAUUGUCGCCAGAUUAAUGCUUACUUUGCCUAAUUAUAUCCCUGGCUCCGUCAAUACCAUCCUUACGCUUUCUUCUCCACACUCGGCUCCUCCACUUACGUUUGAUGGUGACCUUUUGAGAGUUUACUCGGCUAUUGAUAGGUUCUGGUACGACGGAUUCCAUCCGCUGCUGCAGGAACCUACGUUGGCCCAGCAGCGUCUUCACAAUGUAUCUGUGGUUUCGUUAACUGGUGGUCUUCUCGAUUCCAUCUUGCCUGCUGAUUACACUACUCUAGGCUACUUGGUGCCACCUUCAAACGGUUUCACCAUGUUUACGACUGGUAUUCCAGAUGUGUGGACGCCGUCUGACCAUUUGGCUAUCGUCUGGUGCCGUCAACUUAGAAGACUGAUUGCCAGAUGGCUUUUGAGCAUUGCCGACAUUUCUUCUCCUCAUAGAACAUACCCAUUAGAACGCAGAAUGGAGCUUCUGCGUCAAAUAUUCAUGACUGGUUUGGAAAAGUAUGCUGAACAAGACUUUGACAAAACCAAGGACGCUGUGGGAGUUACUUUGGACAAAAACAAGGUGAACUUCCUUGGUCCUAACUCGAUACUUAAAUUCAACAACGGUCGUCACAACCCCCGCAAGGUCAAUGUCAUCAUGACUGAGCCUGGCUCUACUUUCCAGUUCCUCUCUCUGGAUACAUUGACAUACUGGGAAGAUGCAAUGAUUGCCGAGAGUCAGACUGCCAGUGUGCUUUUAUGUCUGAAAGACAAGUCUCCUAAUGCUGAUCCUGAGAAUAGCUUCGCUGGCCUUCAGUGUGUGGACUUGUUUACGUAUAUUCGGCGUAUCCCUAGAUCCAGCAGCGACGUUGAGAAGUUGAUGGAUUCAUCGUUUGAUGGUGAAAAGGACUCUUUCUAUGGCUUGAAGAUCGAGCCACUGAUUUUAGACGCUUUCGACAUGGUCAUUAUCCAUGAACCUCUAGAGACCUCAAAGUCACAUUUCUCCAUCGCUCACCUUGCCUCCGCUUCUAAGGCCAAUGUCACCCUUAAGUCUGACUUGAACAGCCUUUUGAUGUCUAAUGUUCAUGCCAAGCUACCAGCUGACAGACCAUUGUCUACGAAUAUUUACAUUCCAGGCGCCUGGUCUAGUGUGCUAGCAUACAAAGUCCAAUUCAAGAACUUAGAGAAGAAGGACCUGGAGUUCAUUCCAUUUAUUCGUCAAUGGAGAGACGAACCUUAUGAGACAAAAUGGCACAUUAACGUGAAGAAUGGCGCUGAAACACAUCUCAGCGUACAUGCUAUUGCCCCAUUUACUCCGUUCGACAGAACCCGGAAAAACAAGGGCAUUAAUCUUGAGCUCUGGGUGGAUCCAGAGAAUCCACAAACAGACGAUCCUUUACCAGACAUUGAAAUGGUCUUUUCUGUUGAUGUCUGGGGCAGUCUUAGACUCUUGGUGCUUCGCUACAGGUUAGCAGUUGUUGCACACUGUCUUGCUGUAUCCUUAUUGGUCUUUCUUUUCCAGUCAGUUCGUUACUACCACACAGGGAAGUUCCCUGAUCAAGUUUAUGGACUUGGAUGCAUCUGUGAAAGAAAAUUAUUUGCAUUAUUGGUAAUCUUCCUUGGUUCGCUUUCCUAUCUUGUGAAGAACAAGACUGUCCAGAGACUUCUUAAUCUUGCUGACCCUGUCGUCUUGCAUCACAAGAACGAGAUCAACAUAAGCUUGCAUCCUAACUAUUCGCUCAAUACGUUCUAUCUCGGCUUAGAGGAGAACUGCCUCUGGUUCUUGGGCCCAGCCUUCUUCGUUAUGGCCAUUGGUAUCAACUGGUUCAUUUACCAUUUGUUAGUCUACACAGGCUUAGGCUUGGUUUACGUGGGAAGAUUGACCAAGUUGUUCCCUAGAACGUUCGAAGAGAAGGAAAAACCUUUUAUGAGAUGGCGCAAGAGCAAGAUAGGUGGAACCAUCGUUUUAGUUGUCCUUGUUACCUUCUACAUGCCUUACCAAUUUGCUUAUUUGGUUUCGCUGUUGAUGCAAAUCGUGACGGUAGUGAAACUCAUGGCACACCGUAAUGCCAAAUCAGCAUGCAACUAUAAUAUCAGUAUUAUGAUGUUGAUGCUUUGGGUCUUACCCAUCAACAUUCCUGUUUUGAUUGUUUUCGUUCAUAAUUUCAGCAUUAAUUGGGCAACCCCAUUUUCGUCCCAUCACAACUUCCUAGCUGUGGCGCCUAUCGUGGCCUUGGCUCAGCUUCAAAGCCAAUACAGCGAAUGGGUUCCUAUCCCAAGACAGGGAGAGGGCAGAAACACUUAUUUCAAGGCGGUGGUGUCUGUUCUAGCAUACAUCGUCUUUUAUUGCAUGAUCUACGGUGUCCGUCACACCUACUGGCUCCACCACUUGUUUAACUUCACCUGCGGAUUGAUUUUACUAGGAUAUGGAGAGAAGGUGUUGUGGAAAUGA